AUGCGACGGGCCAACCUGCAACCAUGGGAUGCGGACCGGAUACUUCCCCGGUGCAUCACCACAUCGGGCGGCCAAAACUACCACUACGGCGGUAAGAGGGAUCUGACGUUGAGGGAAUUGGCAAUGCCUUCCCCCGUAGUGGCGGAGCACCUCUACCGCCACAUCCUGAACUGUUUACUCCACGACGACGGUAUGCCCCUGCAGAGUCGCCGGCGCCGCCAAAGGCACCCCGACCAACGUUGCGGCAUGGGAUUCACCCACCACACCGUCGUGAUUGAGGAUGAGGUUGAGUCGACCCAAAGAACAGAGCCGAAAGUACUUGUGGAUAUCACCUCGGAUGAAGUUCCCGACGCAGCUCGCCUUGCCGAGUAUGUGAUCGACGAUAACGAGGACGAUAACGAUGACGACUUCUUCGGGCCGGGCCUGUUUGCUCAGGUUCCAAUUCCCAUGGAGGGAGGGGUGAUUGUCGACCAGGACGGGGAUCCUGUCUAUUAUGACUCGGACGUUACGCUAGGCCGCCCCGAGUUUCCCGUCGGAAACGAUUCAUUCGGAGUGGUCAUCAUCGAUUGA